CCUUAAGAUCAAAACUACCAUUCUUUAGACCUUUCUUUCCAUUCUCUUCCCAUCACCAUGCAUUCGUUUUCCUCCCUUCUCGCCUACGGCCUGGCUGCCGGGGCUACCCUUGCCGCUGCCUCUCCCAUCGAGGCCCGGGCCAGCUGCACCUUCACCACCGCGGCGGCCGCCAAGUCCGGCAAGACUGGCUGCACGACCAUCGUCCUGGACAACAUCGAAGUCCCGGCUGGCACCACCCUGGACCUGACUGGCCUCAAGUCCGGCACCAAGGUCAUCUUCGAGGGCACCACGACCUUCGGCUACGAAGAAUGGGCUGGCCCUCUGAUCUCGAUGAGCGGAACCGACAUCACCGUCACCGGUGCCUCGGGCCACCUGAUCAACUGCGACGGCGCUCGCUGGUGGGACGGCAAGGGCGAGAACGGCAAGAAGAAGCCCAAGUUCUUCUACGCCCACAAGCUGGAUUCCUCCUCCAUCACCGGCCUCAGUAUCAAGAACACCCCGCUCAUGGCCUUCAGCAUCGAAGCCAACGACAUCACCCUCACCGACAUCACCAUCAACAACGCCGACGGUGACUCCCAGGGUGGCCACAACACCGACGCCUUCGACGUCGGCAACUCCGUCGGCGUCAACAUCAUCAACCCCACCGUCCACAACCAGGACGAUUGCCUCGCCAUCAACUCCGGCGAAAACAUCUGGUUCACCGGCGGUACCUGCGUCGGUGGCCACGGUCUCUCCAUCGGCUCCGUCGGCGGCCGCUCCGACAACAUCGUCAAGAACGUCACCAUCGAACACUCCACCGUCAGUGACUCCGAGAACGGUGUCCGUAUCAAGACCAUCGCGGGCGACACAGGCUCCGUCUCCGAAGUCACCUUCUCCAACAUCCAGCUCUCCACUAUCUCCGACUACGGUGUCGUCAUCCAGCAGGAUUACGAGGACGGCAAGCCCACCGGUAAACCCACCAACGGUAUCGCGAUCACCGAUAUCAAGCUCGACGGUGUCACCGGUAGCGUGGACAGCAAGGCCACCGAGAUUUACCUCCUCUGUGGCUCGGGUAGCUGCACCGACUGGACCUGGGAUGAUGUUAAGAUCACCGGUGGUAAGAAGUCCACCGCUUGCAAGAACUACCCUUCGGUGGCUUCUUGCUAGGUUACUCGCCAGCCGGAAACCUAAUACACAACCGUCGGACCGAUGGAUUCGGUUUGAUCUGUAUUCAUUCACCCUAGUCUUAGUCUUAGUCUUAGAUAGAUAUAAUCGC